UGCUCACUACGACCACAAACCAAAAGCUUUGGCUUUCUCCCUCUAAACCCCCUUUGAGUUUUCAAAACCGUCGUCGUUUCGAGACCAUCGUUAUCACCGUCACCAUGUCGUCGUCGUCGAAGAUCACCCUGCAGAGCUCCGACGGCGAGUCGUUCGAGGUCGAGGAGGCGGUGGCGCUGGAAUCACAGACCAUUGGGCUCGUGAUCGAGAACGACUGCGCCGACAACUGUAUUCCUUUGCCCAACGUCACCAGCAAGAUCUUGGCCAUGGUCAUCGAGUACUGCAAGAGGCACGUCGACGCCGCCAAGCUCGACGAGAAGAUCUUCGAGGACGAUCUCGAGUCCUGGGAUCAGGCGUUCGUAAAGGUGGACCAGGCUACGCUGUUUGAUCUCAUUAACGCUGCAGCCUACUUGAACAUCAAGAGCCUUUUGGACCUGACAUGCCAGGCAGUUGCAGACAUGAUCAAGGGUAAGACUCCAGAAGAGAUCAGAAAGACCUUCAACAUCAAGGACGAGUUCACCCUGGAGGAAGAGGAGGAAGUUCGUCGUGAGAACCAGUGGGCGUUUGAAUGAAGUUUCUCGGUGAUGGUCUUUUUACUUGGAACCUAGUGCUGGCAUACCUAUCAUGUAUUAUAGUUAAUCAGCUGACUUCUUUAUCAUUCUCUGUUUUUGAGUGCUUUUAUCGGGAGUUGCAAGUCCUUUCAAAUUGGAGAUAAAAGUUGGAUUCUGAUGUUGGUAGUGGUUCUUCUACUACUGUCAAUGCCAUUGCCAGUUUUACUAUUUCUGAAUCAAAAUCUUCUACUUCCAUUAA